AUGGAGAGUGAGGCUUUGCAGGAGGCGAUUGCAACGUUGGCUACGAGCAACUUGCGCCAGAGGCGAGAGCACAACCACCUCUCCACGGAACGAACUCUGCCAGCACGGAUGUCAUCAAUGGCUCACCGCGCCCUCACUGAUGAAGAUUUCCAAGAUCGAUAUGGCAUCUCAAUGGUCGAAGGGUAUAUGAGAGAAGAAAAUCACCAUCGAGGGAUGGCCGUCAAGGCUUUAAAUGCUGAUUUGGCCGACCCUCGUCGCAGAUUGUCGGACUCUGUACUGGCGACAUUGUUAAUGCUCUGUCUGUUCCACGGCUGUGAUACUGGCGUUGCCGGAUUCCGCGCUCAAUUCGCUGGAGUAACAAGACUACUUGCGAUCCGAAUGCGCCAUUCCCGUGUCAUACCGGAUAGCCUCAAAUGGUUCAUCCGCAUGUUCUCGUGGUUUGAUACAUUAACAGCUACCACAAAUGACCGUGACGUCCAACUACGCGGAACAUGUUUGGAGAUCAGCUCCAAAACUGAUGGAGAAUGGGGUCUGGAGAACCUGGCCGGCUGUGAUGGUCGUCUGUUCAAGCUGAUUUCUCAGCUGGGCCGUUUGAAUCUCCUGAGUCAGGAACAGGAGCCCAACCUAUCGCGCCCAAAGGAUGCUAGUGUCCCCACUGCAUCCCUCCCUCCUAACAUGCUGUUCCCGGGAUGGGAAACAGUUGUGCCCAAUCCAGGGAUGAGCUCCGUACCGGAAUACGGAUUUUCUCUUCCCACGCCACCGCAAAGUAGCGACUCAUCCCGUCGUCCUUCCUCUCCAGAAUUCUGGACAGAGUGGUAUUCGCUCAGGCAGCGACUCGAAUCCUGGCGAUUCGACCCACCUGCUCAGGCCUCUCAGGCUGCUUUCCCUUCUCCGCCCUUGUCUGCAUCUACAAUGACCUGGAACGCUACUACCUAUGUGACGCCACAGACUUCCUCAUCAGCAUAUCAAGUGGCACCCGAGAAUCUCCAGGACGUCUACCAGAUCUCGGAGUGCUUCCGUCACGCAGCCCUUCUCUACUGCGAACGUCUAGCCGAGCCGACCCUUCCAUCGUCUCAUGGCCGUAUUCAGCAUCUUGUCCAGCUCGCCAUGCACUGCAUCAUUACCGUGCAAUCAGACGUAUAUCUUCUCUGGCCACUGUUCAUUGUCGGCUCGGAGUGUGUCCAGGACGAUCACCGUUCGGUCAUCCGCGAUCGCUGCAAGGAUAUCUCCAAGGACUCUGGCUUUAUCAACAACCUUUCCUGUCUAGAGCUUCUGGAACAGAUCUGGGCUGAGCAUUCCGAUGAAUCUUCAUUCCCGAUUUAUCCCAGCGGGUUCGGUCCCCCGCCUCCGCUGGCUGGUGGCAGGGCACCAGCUUCUUCGCAGGCCUUCCGUUGGUCCCGCGUUAUGCAGGCCAAGCGGGGUGACGGCGAGUACAUGGUUGCAUAG